AUGUCUUCCCAAGAGAUCCACGACACUACCGCCGCGGGCACAGCGGAAGAAAACAUCCCUACCCAGAGCAAUCCAAUGGACAACAUCCACGGCAACACGGAGGAUAUUUCGAACAAAGCGAGCGGGUACAAGUGGGGUCGCCAGGGCGUCAUGAACAGCGACAAAUACCCCGAGAAAACCAAACAGAAUGCCGCGGAGAAAUUCGAGGCGCUGGGCGGAGAACAGGCGUUCAUGGACAACAAUAAGAAAGGGGAGUAG